AUGCCGGAUGACACCGUCAACCUGGCGGAUGCCACCCCCUGCGCUUGGCCCGCUACCAAUAAUACCACCGGCUAUAGCCGCUGCGACGCCGCACCUUGCAUUGAUAGGAGAAUCAACGUCCAAGUUUACCUGAGAAUGAGACCUACAACUGAGGCGACAGAACUAUUGGAACUGCGGGGACGACACAAGAAUAUUCUGGUGGCUCGGCUACCCCGAAAAGAAAAUGACUUUAGACAAGGAAUCGUGGACAAUACCAAGCUCGAGCACACCUUUUAUUUUGACGGCAUCUUUCCUAUGGAGGCGCACCAGGAAAAUGUUUUUCAGACAGUGGCGACCCCUGUCCUGGAGGGCCUUAUGAAAGGCAUCAACGGCACAAUUUUUGCCUAUGGCCAGACGGGCACUGGCAAGACCUUCACGAUAACUGGUGGGGCGGAGAGCUACAACGAUCGAGGAAUAAUCCCCCGUGCUCUGUCCUUCAUUUUCUCCUGCAUAAAACGGGACGGACUGGUACAAUACAGGGUGGCGAUAUCUUAUCUGGAGGUGUACCAAGACAAGGGAUACGACCUCCUGACCAAAGCACAGGUCGACGCGCGUCGCAUUGACGAUUUGCAAAAGGUCGUCGCGAGUGAAGACGAAGAUGGAAAUCUCGUCUUGCGAGGUUUAUCUGUGAACACUGCGACCACCGAGGAAGAAGCAAUCCACUUGCUUUUCCAUGGUGACACUAACAGGAUCGUGGCAGAAACGCCGCUGAACGAUUCUUCCACUCGAUCCCACUGCAUCUUCAUUAUAUGGUUAGAAGCCCGCGAAGCAGGGUCUUCGGUGAUCAGGCGUUCGAAGUUGCAGCUAGUCGACCUCGCGGGGUCAGAGAGAGUCAAACAGAGCGGCGUCAAUCCUGGCGAGACCGUUUUCAGAGAGGCUUGCAGCAUCAAUCUUGCACUACACUAUCUCGAACAGGUCAUCGUUGCCCUCCACGAACGGGCUCAGGGCCGUCGCGUCCACGUCCCAUACAGAAACUCCAUGAUGACAUCUGUCCUUCGAGAUUCGCUCGGAGGCAAUUGCCACACCGUCAUGGUGGCCACUGUGACUCCGGAACGAGAUUCAAUUCCAGAGACGGUGUCGACCUGUAGGUUCGCACAAGCUGUUGCUCGAAUCGAAAACCAAGCGACUGUGAACGAAGAGAUCGAUCCAAGCCUAUUGAUAAAAAAGCUGAAGCGGGAAAACGAGGAGCUCCGCGCGCACAUCGAGAUCUUAAAAUCUCAAGGAGGUGGCGGCUUCAGCGUCGACAGAGACCUUAGCGAGGAAGAAAAACGCAGAUGUGAAGACUACGUGGAUGCCUACAUCAAUGCCUUCAAAGAAGAUCCUGAGGCUCAGCCCCUCCUGGGACCGGAUGUGCGGAAGAUUCGCCUCGCUUUCAAGAUCUUUCGCGAUCGCUGCGUCUGUCUCAAGACGCAGCUGGAGGCGACUUCUUUGAACGACAGGGCAUGCAGCACAGAAAAUACCAAAACAGAGAGAGCAGGCAGAGAGGGGACAGGCACAGGAAACGUCUCUUCUCACCUCAGCUCGUCGGAGGGGAGCUGCAGCCCCCAGCUCCGGAGUGACAUCGCCAAACUCAAGUUGCAUGUGGAGCAACGGGAUGCAGAGAUCGCAAUUUUGAUCGACAUGCUGAACAAACAUGGCGUCGGUCGGGACCGCGAAAGUGUGAACGGAGUUGCAGUUGCAGCACAGUCACGGGACGUGCUUCCAGCCGCGGAUAAGAGUACGUGCAGUCUGUGCGAUUUAGCUGGCGAGGAAGCGGGGCUGAUGCCCCGCACUUACAGAGUGCCUGCGCACUGCCGCGAGACUGCGCUCCGGGCCAGUUCUCGCUUCGUGGUGACUCCCACCCGCCUCCUGGUGCAGAUGCUUCACAAGAUAAAAGUUGUGUCCGACGCUACAUUCCUCAAGGAUGAUGGUCCGACUUCUCUAAAAGAUCUGCACAAAUAUUUGGUUCCUCCCGCGUCUGUGGAAACGGGCGAGCACACACCGUGGUCUAUUGCGAACGACCCGCUACUGGUUGCCGCACUUCAUCUCAAGAGCAACGGUCAAAAUGCGCACAAGUCCAAACCUCGAACAGCCGAUGAACACACUCUACAGCAACAACGCCUUCGCCGCCGCCUACAGACCGCAAUAACCGACACCGCCCGAAUCGCUAACACCAUAUGGACACCCGAGGACACACUGACGACUGCAGCGGACGCCCCAUCGGCAGCAGGUGCAGAGGCGGCCGCACGAGCGAUGAUUAUCCGGUUUGCGCGGGAGGUGGGAAGACAGGAAGGCGCUGAAGAAGAGUACGCCAGUCGCGCUGCUGAUUUUGUUGACCAGUUUCUCGCUCCCGCGGGUUUGAUGCAAGAAGUGGCGCGAAUGAUGAUGGCGGCGCGCGAGGCGAGGGAGAAUGGCGACGAAGUCGCCCAGGGAAUGAACUCGCCGGCAACCGACAUUGACUUCCUUGAUGGAGACACUGGAGCGCUGAUGAGCAUGCUGGGCGAGCUAGAGGCGCUGAUUGAGUCCAAAGUCGCUUGCCUUGCUCUUGGCAAAGCAUUCUUCAAGAACGUGCUAGUGCCACUCAAGCUGGCAGCCCCAGUAGCCAGCAUGUUGCUUGACAAGAAGCCGUUGCUGCUGAAGGCGUUUGCACUGAAGGCUCUGCUGCUCAAGCCCGAUCUUCUCUUCAAACCGGAUCUUCUCUUCAUGCCGGAGCUUCUGCUCAAACCGGAUCUCCUCUUGAAGGCAGGUCUCCUCUUGCCUGGCGGCGGCGACCUGGAGUUGAAGAAGCUACUUCUGGCUGCGGUGUUGGCGCCGAAACUGAUAGCAGGCCUCAAGGCGAAGUUCGGCACCUCUGCGAUUGACGUGCCAUUCGUGCUAAUUGAGAAGCUGCUUUCAAUGGACCCUGCCCAGAUCGUGACGCUUCUCUCGGGUUUGGCAGGUGGCGGCCUUGACGGAUUGCUGGAGACCAUGGACGCAGAUAGUGUGAAGCUUCGAGCAACUGGAGAAGACUUGGCCAACUCAGCAAACUCGGUGGAGGUCUCUGAUGUCUCGGCAGCAGGUGCAGAGGAGGCCGCACGAGCGAUGAUUAUCCGGUGUGCGCGGGAGGUGGGAAGACAGGAAGGCGCUGAAGAAGAGUACGCCAGUCGCGCUGCUGAUUUUGUUGACCAGUUUCUCGCUCCCGCGGGUUUGACGCAAGAAGUGGCGCGAAUGAUGAUGGCGGCGCGCGAGGCGAGGGAGAAUGGCGACGAAGUCGCCCAGGGAAUGAACUCGCCGGCAACCGACAUUGACUUCCUUGAUGGAGACACUGGAGCGCUGAUGAGCAUGCUGGGCGAGCUAGAGGCGCUGAUUGAGUCCAAAGUCGCUUGCCUUGCUCUUGGCAAGGCAUUCUUCAAGUAUGUGCUAGUGCCACUCAAGCUGGCAGCCCCAGUAGCCAGCAUGUUGCUUGACAAGAAGCCUUUGCUGCUGAAGGCGUUUGCACUGAAGGCUCUGCUGCUCAAGCCCGAUCUUCUUUUCAAACCGGAUCUUCUCUUCAUGCCGGAGCUUCUGCUCAAACCGGAUCUCCUCUUGAAGGCAGGUCUCCUCUUGCCUGGCGGCGGCGACCUGGAGUUGAAGAAGCUACUUCUGGCUGCGGUGUUGGCGCCGAAACUGAUAGCAGGCCUCAAGGCGAAGUUCGGCACCUCUGCGAUUGACGUGCCAUUCGUGCUAAUUGAGAAGCUGCUUUCAAUGGACCCUGCCCAGAUCGUGACGCUUCUCUCGGGUUUGGCAGGUGGCGGCCUUGACGGAUUGCUGGAGACCAUGGACGCAGAUAGUGUGAAGCUUCGAGCAACUGGAGAAGACUUGGCCAACUCAGCAAACUCGGUGGAGGUCUCUGAUGUCUCGGCAGCAGGUGCAGAGGAGGCCGCACGAGCGAUGAUUAUCCGGUGUGCGCGGGAGGUGGGAAGACAGGAAGGCGCUGAAGAAGAGUACGCCAGUCGCGCUGCUGAUUUUGUUGACCAGUUUCUCGCUCCCGCGGGUUUGACGCAAGAAGUGGCGCGAAUGAUGAUGGCGGCGCGCGAGGCGAGGGAGAAUGGCGACGAAGUCGCCCAGGGAAUGAACUCGCCGGCAACCGACAUUGACUUCCUUGAUGGAGACACUGGAGCGCUGAUGAGCAUGCUGGGCGAGCUAGAGGCGCUGAUUGAGUCCAAAGUCGCUUGCCUUGCUCUUGGCAAAGCAUUCUUCAAGAACGUGCUAGUGCCACUCAAGCUGGCAGCCCCAGUAGCCAGCAUGUUGCUUGACAAGAAGCCGUUGCUGCUGAAGGCGUUUGCACUGAAGGCUCUGCUGCUCAAGCCCGAUCUUCUCUUCAAACCGGAUCUUCUCUUCAUGCCGGAGCUUCUGCUCAAACCGGAUCUCCUCUUGAAGGCAGGUCUCCUCUUGCCUGGCGGCGGCGACCUGGAGUUGAAGAAGCUACUUCUGGCUGCGGUGUUGGCGCCGAAACUGAUAGCAGGCCUCAAGGCGAAGUUCGGCACCUCUGCGAUUGACGUGCCAUUCGUGCUAAUUGAGAAGCUGCUUUCAAUGGACCCUGCCCAGAUCGUGACGCUUCUCUCGGGUUUGGCAGGUGGCGGCCUUGACGGAUUGCUGGAGACCAUGGACGCAGAUAGUGUGAAGCUUCGAGCAACUGGAGAAGACUUGGCCAACUCAGCAAACUCGGUGGAGGUCUCUGAUGUCUCGGCAGCAGGUGCAGAGGAGGCCGCACGAGCGAUGAUUAUCCGGUGUGCGCGGGAGGUGGGAAGACAGGAAGGCGCUGAAGAAGAGUACGCCAGUCGCGCUGCUGAUUUUGUUGACCAGUUUCUCGCUCCCGCGGGUUUGACGCAAGAAGUGGCGCGAAUGAUGAUGGCGGCGCGCGAGGCGAGGGAGAAUGGCGACGAAGUCGCCCAGGGAAUGAACUCGCCGGCAACCGACAUUGACUUCCUUGAUGGAGACACUGGAGCGCUGAUGAGCAUGCUGGGCGAGCUAGAGGCGCUGAUUGAGUCCAAAGUCGCUUGCCUUGCUCUUGGCAAGGCAUUCUUCAAGUAUGUGCUAGUGCCACUCAAGCUGGCAGCCCCAGUAGCCAGCAUGUUGCUUGACAAGAAGCCUUUGCUGCUGAAGGCGUUUGCACUGAAGGCUCUGCUGCUCAAGCCCGAUCUUCUCUUCAAACCGGAUCUUCUCUUCAUGCCGGAGCUUCUGCUCAAACCGGAUCUCCUCUUGAAGGCAGGUCUCCUCUUGCCUGGCGGCGGCGACCUGGAGUUGAAGAAGCUACUUCUGGCUGCGGUGUUGGCGCCGAAACUGAUAGCAGGCCUCAAGGCGAAGUUCGGCACCUCUGCGAUUGACGUGCCAUUCGUGCUAAUUGAGAAGCUGCUUUCAAUGGACCCUGCCCAGAUCGUGACGCUUCUCUCGGGUUUGGCAGGUGGCGGCCUUGACGGAUUGCUGGAGACCAUGGACGCAGAUAGUGUGAAGCUUCGAGCAACUGGAGAAGACUUGGCCAACUCAGCAAACUCGGUGGAGGUCUCUGAUGUCUCGGCAGCAGGUGCAGAGGAGGCCGCACGAGCGAUGAUUAUCCGGUGUGCGCGGGAGGUGGGAAGACAGGAAGGCGCUGAAGAAGAGUACGCCAGUCGCGCUGCUGAUUUUGUUGACCAGUUUCUCGCUCCCGCGGGUUUGACGCAAGAAGUGGCGCGAAUGAUGAUGGCGGCGCGCGAGGCGAGGGAGAAUGGCGACGAAGUCGCCCAGGGAAUGAACUCGCCGGCAACCGACAUUGACUUCCUUGAUGGAGACACUGGAGCGCUGAUGAGCAUGCUGGGCGAGCUAGAGGCGCUGAUUGAGUCCAAAGUCGCUUGCCUUGCUCUUGGCAAGGCAUUCUUCAAGUAUGUGCUAGUGCCACUCAAGCUGGCAGCCCCAGUAGCCAGCAUGUUGCUUGACAAGAAGCCGUUGCUGCUGAAGGCGUUUGCACUGAAGGCUCUGCUGCUCAAGCCCGAUCUUCUCUUCAAACCGGAUCUUCUCUUCAUGCCGGAGCUUCUGCUCAAACCGGAUCUCCUCUUGAAGGCAGGUCUCCUCUUGCCUGGCGGCGGCGACCUGGAGUUGAAGAAGCUACUUCUGGCUGCGGUGUUGGCGCCGAAACUGAUAGCAGGCCUCAAGGCGAAGUUCGGCACCUCUGCGAUUGACGUGCCAUUCGUGCUAAUUGAGAAGCUGCUUUCAAUGGACCCUGCCCAGAUCGUGACGCUUCUCUCGGGUUUGGCAGGUGGCGGCCUUGACGGAUUGCUGGAGACCAUGGACGCAGAUAGUGUGAAGCUUCGAGCAACUGGAGAAGACUUGGCCAACUCAGCAAACUCGGUGGAGGUCUCUGAUGUCUCGGCAGCAGGUGCAGAGGAGGCCGCACGAGCGAUGAUUAUCCGGUGUGCGCGGGAGGUGGGAAGACAGGAAGGCGCUGAAGAAGAGUACGCCAGUCGCGCUGCUGAUUUUGUUGACCAGUUUCUCGCUCCCGCGGGUUUGACGCAAGAAGUGGCGCGAAUGAUGAUGGCGGCGCGCGAGGCGAGGGAGAAUGGCGACGAAGUCGCCCAGGGAAUGAACUCGCCGGCAACCGACAUUGACUUCCUUGAUGGAGACACUGGAGCGCUGAUGAGCAUGCUGGGCGAGCUAGAGGCGCUGAUUGAGUCCAAAGUCGCUUGCCUUGCUCUUGGCAAGGCAUUCUUCAAGUAUGUGCUAGUGCCACUCAAGCUGGCAGCCCCAGUAGCCAGCAUGUUGCUUGACAAGAAGCCGUUGCUGCUGAAGGCGUUUGCACUGAAGGCUCUGCUGCUCAAGCCCGAUCUUCUUUUCAAACCGGAUCUUCUCUUCAUGCCGGAGCUUCUGCUCAAACCGGAUCUCCUCUUGAAGGCAGGUCUCCUCUUGCCUGGCGGCGGCGACCUGGAGUUGAAGAAGCUACUUCUGGCUGCGGUGUUGGCGCCGAAACUGAUAGCAGGCCUCAAGGCGAAGUUCGGCACCUCUGCGAUUGACGUGCCAUUCGUGCUAAUUGAGAAGCUGCUUUCAAUGGACCCUGCCCAGAUCGUGACGCUUCUCUCGGGUUUGGCAGGUGGCGGCCUUGACGGAUUGCUGGAGACCAUGGACGCAGAUAGUGUGAAGCUUCGAGCAACUGGAGAAGACUUGGCCAACUCAGCAAACUCGGUGGAGGUCUCUGAUGUCUCGGCAGCAGGUGCAGAGGAGGCCGCACGAGCGAUGAUUAUCCGGUGUGCGCGGGAGGUGGGAAGACAGGAAGGCGCUGAAGAAGAGUACGCCAGUCGCGCUGCUGAUUUUGUUGACCAGUUUCUCGCUCCCGCGGGUUUGACGCAAGAAGUGGCGCGAAUGAUGAUGGCGGCGCGCGAGGCGAGGGAGAAUGGCGACGAAGUCGCCCAGGGAAUGAACUCGCCGGCAACCGACAUUGACUUCCUUGAUGGAGACACUGGAGCGCUGAUGAGCAUGCUGGGCGAGCUAGAGGCGCUGAUUGAGUCCAAAGUCGCUUGCCUUGCUCUUGGCAAGGCAUUCUUCAAGUAUGUGCUAGUGCCACUCAAGCUGGCAGCCCCAGUAGCCAGCAUGUUGCUUGACAAGAAGCCGUUGCUGCUGAAGGCGUUUGCACUGAAGGCUCUGCUGCUCAAGCCCGAUCUUCUCUUCAAACCGGAUCUUCUCUUCAUGCCGGAGCUUCUGCUCAAACCGGAUCUCCUCUUGAAGGCAGGUCUCCUCUUGCCUGGCGGCGGCGACCUGGAGUUGAAGAAGCUACUUCUGGCUGCGGUGUUGGUGCCGAACCUGAUUGAAGGACUGAAGGCUGGUAUGAAGCUGGAAGUGCCUGUAGGGCGUGGCUGUAGCUUUUUUGGUGACUGCCAUGGAUUUGUGGGGUUGCUACCGCUGUUGCUGGCUGAUCCGGAUUCGGUGCAGGCGCUUGUUUCACUGAGCAGUGGUCCUCAACUGGAAUCUGGUGCGGAUCAGCUUUUCGGUACCGUUGAAGAGAGGAUGGCUGCGAUAAAAUCCGCAGCAAGGAGUGCCGGACACCAAGGAAACGAUCUUGAAGAAGAGGCACGGUUCCAGAUUAUCCGGUUCGCUGGCGAGAUGGGAAACAUUAGAGGAGCGCCGGAAGAGUACGUCAAAAUCGCUACAGCAUUCGUAGACCAGUUCCUUGCACCUACAGGCCUCCUACAGGAUGUAGCAGAGAUGAUACGCCAGGCUAGGAAAGAGAUUCCAGAGAGUGUUAAUGUGGCUUCUGACUGGAGUACGCAGUUUUCCAACAUCGAGCUAUUUGAUGGCGAGCUCGGCGCCCUGCUCAGUUUGGCAUCGGAACUCGAGGCGGUGACAGAUUCGAAAUUCUCCUGCGUUGCCCUGACGAAGAUUUUCUUCAAGCUAUUUCUCGACCCUCUACAUCUGAUGACUCCCGUCGCCACCUUGAUGCUUGGAAAGGCGCCCCAGUUACUGAAGAUAUUUGCACUGAAGUCCCUCUUGCUGCAGCCCAAUGAUGUCAAGCUCAAGAAAGCUCUUUUGGCAGCGGCAUUCGCGCCGAAGCUACUUGGUGUAUCACAAGCUGUCGAGGGGCCUCUGCGCACCCUAUUCAUGUAA